CUUCGUGUGCGUUGGCUUGAACCGGAUUGUUGAAGCCUUCGUAAACCAAAAUGGAGCAGCUUCGCAGCGUCUUGCUUGAAAUGUAAAUCGAGUCAUGUGAGUUUUGUUUACAUCGGAAAUAGACUCAGCUGCACGUGUCGUGUGAACUGAAACCACCAAGCUAACUAGAAUUAGCUUCACGGGGAAAUUUUUGCUGUGUAAUAAAGUGGCCCCCUACAGACUAUGGCAGUCAAACCUUUCACCUCAGAAGAGGCCAAGGGAAUUUUGGAUCACUUGCAGCAGCCUGCCGUCUUUCUGAACAUGACCAGCGAUUGGCCCGUCCUCCUCUGGACCGCAGAGCAUCUCUCCAGUCGCCUCGGCGACAGACUCGUCAGAUUCAGACUGGGAAGAAAACAGAAGACAAGCGCUCCUCUGUUUGAGACCCAGUGCUCCUAUGUGCAGGCCCGGAUCGCGCACUUUCUCUGCUGGACCCAGGGUCAAACUGAUGUGGGGCCUUUUUCUGAGUACCCCUAUUCAGAGUAUUGGGCCUAUGCCGACUACAAAUACAUCGCCAUGCUGUUUGAAGACCAGCCUUCUAUGUUUGAGGAUGUAAAGUGGUCUGACUUUGGUUUUGAGGGCCGAAAUGGAAGCGACAGCACCGUCUGGAUCGGUACAAAGGGAGCCAACACGCCCUGCCACAUGGACACUUACGGCUGCAACCUGGUUCUACAGGUUCAGGGGCGGAAGCGGUGGCACCUCUUUCCUCCUGAGGACACAACAAACCUUUACCCGACUAGGAUUCCCUACGAAGAGUCCAGUGUCUUCAGCUUGGUUCAUGUUCAGAGUCCAGACCUGAAGAGGUUCCCUGCAUUUGGAGCUGCUCAGGCUUACAUCGUCACGCUGCAGCCUGGACAGGUGCUUUAUGUUCCCAGACACUGGUGGCACUACGUGGAGUCAGUAGAUCCUGUCACUGUUAGCGUCAACACCUGGAUCGAGCUGGAAGUGGACGACUUCGCCCGAGUCAGUGAAGCGGUGACCAAGAUGGUUGUUUGGGCUAUCAAAAGUGCUGAGAGUGAAGACAACGAUGACAGCUGGCUCAACCCCACGGAGGAAGGAAGUGCAUCCCAUAAUGAAAACUUGCAGUAUCUGAACCUUGCAGUGGCGGCAUGCGCUCAAAGGCCGAGGGGUCUCUGUCACGGCGAAAUGAGCUCAGAUGUCAGCGACGCUCAUCCAGUCAAGCGGGACUCAAGCGGACAAUUGAAAAGCAGCGACUCGCACAAAAAUCCCCCCAGCUUUAGUGUUCCUUUUGGGCCACAUCUCAUAGCCGUGUGCUGCCAACAAGAAAACCCCGUGGAGGACGAUGAGAUCAGCUCUUCCAGAGACGAUGUUUCCACCUCUCAAAACGAUGAUGCUCCGGGCUCAGAGGGAUCACCGGCCACUUCUGCUGCUCUUGAACAGGAAAAACACGCAUGUGGCACUGGGUUAACUCCAUGUGGACUAUGUCAAAGUGCAGCUGGAACAUCAAAAUCUUCCCCAGGGGAGAAUAAGUCUAAAUGUACAGCAAUAUCCACUAAUGACCUAUUAGCCUGCCUGGUGCAUCCUGAGAUCGUCGGCCGUGUCACAGAGCUUCUCUUGGAAAGGCACAAAAAUCCGCUUUGAUGCUCAUCUGCCAAAAUUUACUUGAAGAAAUCCCUUCCAGCCCAGUUUCAAUCCAACUAAAUAUGCCUUAAAUGUUUUCUUUUCUAGCCCCAGGUCCACAAAUGGACCGCAGAUGUUCAGACAACACAAGCAAACCAUUAAGGAGCUCCAACAUUUCCAUCUCUCAUUAUGCUAAUCAUGUUUGGAGCACCAAGAACUAGAAAAAUGACCACUUGUAUCACGUUUGUAUGCUAAUAAAGCGAGCAAUUGCAUAUAUCA